AUGGAAGGACCCUUUGCAAUCGUUCCUUGCAAAGGCAAUGAUGUAUUAUUAUGCGUGAGAGACAAUUUUGCUAAAUACGACCAAUUGCCAGGAGACCAGGACAUGAGGGCGAUAAGGGCGCCUUUGAUCCCCGGACAUCCUUCCCAUCACUGCGAUGAUGUCAAAAUCACCAAUUCGGUCGCCACCGGGGCAUAUUGCUGCCCUAACAGAGUCCCUUGGAAUGAUGCACGCGAUGUUGGUAGAGUUGCACACUUCGAUCUGGUUUGGAACCCAUCCUUCAACUUACCUGACCACUGA